AAUGAGACAGUCGAUGAGUUUCUCAAGCGCCUACCACCAAGAACUACAAUAACUAGUAAUUGGAUUUGGGUGACCUGCCCUAUCCUCAAAGGCAAAGGCAAGGCAGCGGAGCCAAUACACGCCCCAGGAUUGGAAGAGUCACCCGAAGAGAUGAUGGGCCGUGCUCGUGCUCUUUUAAGCCAGUUCGCUGCUGAGAAGGAGAAACUCGUCAGCGCCUAUGCAAAUUCCACGCAGUCAACCAUUACCAGAAAGUUGGGUCCUUUGAGGGAGCGACUCAAGGAAGACAUAUUAGAUCUUGCGGUGGGUAGCGGAGUCACCAACGGCAAAUGGAUGCUCUUUCCAAAGCCCGAAGAUGUCAACAGGGUGUGGAAGCUCGUUGCUGAAGCGGUGGUCGACGGCAGGUUGGGCGAUACAGCUAAAGUCGCCCCAGCAGACCCGCCCGAUCUCUUUAGUGCCGUCCAGAAGCAGAAAGCAAGUCAUCUGAUUUGUGUCUACACCAGCGACUUUUCUGAUCUCGAAGAUGUCAGGGGAGUGCUCGAAGAAUUGAUUGAGCUCGGCCUUGCUCCGUGUGCUGCCGACGGCGCAAUUUACUACAAGACCGAUGCCUACACCUACCUCGACAUCGACUCCUCAAAUUCUUAUGGCCUGAAAGCAAGUCUUUACUCUAGCAAAGACAUCAUA